UCACUUUGAUUCCGUUUCAUGAUAGUUUUUAGGUCAGUUUUUCUUAUCUUGAUUCGUCACAGAAAAGAACAAAUCUGACGUUAUAAUCCAACUCCAUUCGUCAACUUCAAAGUAAAGUGUGCCACUAAUAAUGGGAGCCGAACAAUCCACUCCGUUGAACUUUGAAGUCGGAGCUUUAAAAGUUGACGAAAACAACUCACCCUACUUUCAAAUGGGUCCGGACACCCUUCGAGUCCCCAUGGAACUGCACAAAGAGGCACGGGAGAAUCUGGGGAGAGCUGUUAGGGACAGUGCCGAGGAUUACACAGUGAAUAGUUACAUGUACUUUCAGGCGGCGGGGGACAAUCAGAAGUACGAUACUGAUCAGAACUACGUGGUCUUCAGACAGGAUUCCUACUUCAACUGGCUGUUCGGGUCCAAGGAGUCAGGCCUGUCCGGUGCUGUUAACUGCGACACUGGAGAAAGCAUACUUUUUAUACCCCGACAGGUUGAGUCCGUGUGGAGCGGUCCAAUAAAGUCACCUGACUGGUAUGUGAGACAUUACGGGGUUAAUGAGUGCUUUUACACUGACCAGAUCACUACGGUGUUAAAUGAGAAGAGAUGCAGUAACCUCUACCUCUUGGAGGGCAUGAACAGGUUCAGCUAUGUUUCUACUUUUGCCCCCAUAUUCGAGGGAAUUGAGAAGUUCAGUCUGGAUAAGACGACCUUGUACCCCCUGGCUGUAGCGGGCCGAGUCAGGAAAACAGAUAAGGAGCUGGACGUUAUCAGGUACGUUACAAAAGUGACCAGCGAGGGUCACCGCCGGGUAAUGCUGGCAGCUAAAGCAGGGAUGAUGGAGUACCAGGCUAUGAGCAUCUUCACUUACUACUGCUACAUGUAUGGAGGUUGUAGAGAAGUGGGCUAUAUCCCUAUAUGUCCUUCCGGGGAUCGUACUAAGAUACUCCACUACGGCGGACAGAGUGCUCCUAAUGACAAGCAGAUCCAGGACGGAGACCUGUGUCUAUUUGACAUGGGAGGAGAAUACCACUGUUACCUGACAGAUAUUACAACUACCUUCCCUGUCAACGGCACAUUUACACAAGUUCAGAGAACAACCUACGAGAUGGUACUGGACACGGUCCACGCCGUUGUGAACAGAAUUAGACCAGGGUUCACUUGGAGAGAAGCUAGGAUAGUUUGUUACCGAGCUCUUUUAAGAAACUUGGUGGAGCAAGGUUUACUGGUUGGUAGUGUGGAUGAUUUAUACGAUGCUAAACUUCACAGGAUCUUUAUGCCUCAUGGCAUUGGCCACUUUAUCGGAGGUGAUGUCCAUGACGUGGGUGGAAAUGCCAGUUUGUGGUGUUGGAGCGAUGCUGAAGCGAAGGAUGUUGACUGGUACGACCCUGAUCUUGAGUGGUGUCCACUGGAGAAGAACAUGGUCCUGACAAUCGAACCAGGGUGUUACUAUAACGAUGUGCUGUUAGACCCCGCCCUAGCCGACCCCACUCAAGGAAAGUUGAUGGUAAAGUCGGAGAUAGACAAGUACCGCGGUAUUGGAGGAGUUAGGAUUGAAGAGGUGUUUAUAGUGACUGCAGAUGGCUGUGAGAUUAUCAGUGAUGUACCCAGAACAGUUACGGAAAUUGAGGAGUACAUGAAGAAUCCUCCUCCUCACGACAUUCCCUUCCUGGACGCUUUUUAGAGGGGUUCAACCUGCACGGUAUUAGAUGACAGUAGUAAGGUA